AUGUGGUACCAAAAGUUCGAUUCCUAUGUUCUUCAGCAUGGUUUUAGCUGCAACAAUGUGGAUCACUGUGUAUAUGUAAAAAGACUGCAAACCUGUGAAGACUCCUAUGACUUUGGGAGUGAAAUUGUNGUCAGAGAACAAAUCAUUGAUACCUAUAGGGGACAUCAGCAAGAGGUUUGUGGACUCAAAUGGUCGCCUUCAGGCCGGCAGUUAGCAAGUGGGGGAAACGAUAAUCUCCUUUUCAUAUGGGACAGUUCCAUGACCUUUGCAAAUUCACGAAACCGGUGGCUUCACAGACUAGAAGACCAUACGGCUGCAGUAAAAGCCCUAGCUUGGUGUCCAUUCCAGGGGAACUUAUUAGCCUCUGGUGGAGGUGGGAGUGAUCGAUGCAUUAAGUUCUGGAACACCCACACAGGUUCUUGCUUGAAUUCAGUGGAUACUGGCUCUCAGGUUUGUGCUCUUCUUUGGAGCAGACAUGAGCGUGAAUUGCUUAGCUCUCAUGGAUUUACAGAAAAUCAGCUCACCCUUUGGAAAUACCCAUCAAUGGUGAAGAUGGCAGAUCUCACUGGCCAUACCUCUAGGGUUCUUUUCAUGGCUCAGAGCCCUGAUGGAUACACAGUAGCAUCUGCAGCCGGAGAUGAGACUCUGAGAUUCUGGAAAGUCUUUGGAGCCCCUGAAGAGGCUAAACCUGCGCCUAAAACAAACCAUGAGCCAUUCUCUCAUUUAAGCCUCCGUUGAAGAUCAAGACAAAAGUGGUCUAAGAAUGUACCAUGAAUAAUUUAUUAUGUUUAUACAUUUUCUGGUAUAAUAUAUAUAGUCAUAGUUUAGAGUAUUCUUUGGACUUAGACA